CAGGACAAAAACACAGAUGGAGAGAGCUCGACUAAGGACACGCACUUUACUCUCUUUUCUAACUAACCCUCCUUUCUUUUCCUCUCAUUUCCUGCCUCUCGCUUUUAACAUCUCAUUAUCCUGCUCUUCUGCUAAUGUCUAAUGAUUUUCUUUUUGUCAAGGCUUCCUCUUUUUUGAUUACGCUCAUUGCUCCUUUUCCUGUACUUUCUGCUUUUAAUGUUUCUUCCUCUUCCUGACAUUUCCGUCUCACGGCUGCUUCCUUGCAACUUCCUGACUAAGCUCAUUCUUUAACUUGCUACUCAUCCUCUUUUUCCUUCUUUCUAACAUCUGUUCUUUCACCUCCUUUCCUUGCGUCCUAUCUUUCGGAUGGAAAGCUACUCCUUCCUCUAUAGUUCCUCCCACAGGACCGGACUUCUCUCCGGCUUCCAACGCCUGCGCUCUGAGAGAAAGAUGUGUGAUGUCGCCCUCGAAGCCGGUGGCGUCUCCUUUCCCUGUCACCGCGCCCUUUUAGCCAGCUCCAGUGAGUAUUUUCGAGCUCUGUUUGGAGAAACUACCGCGGAGAGAUUAGCAGGCUCAAUUAGCCUCCCGGUGCUAAAACCAGAGGGUUUAGAUGCCAUUCUGGACUUCCUGUACUCAGGCUGGCUCAGCAUAUCACCCUCCACAAUUUCUGUUGUCCUGGAAGCAGCCAGGUACCUGCAAGUUGAAACGGCUGUGUUGAUAUGUGAGCGCUUCUUGAUUGAUGGUAUAAGCGCUGAGAACUGCUGCUGCUAUGCUAACCUGGCUGAGCAGCAUGCACUAUCAAACGCACUUGAGGCUGCCAAUCAAACCGUCGCUAUGGAGAUGGGGACAUUGCUGCAGGAAAGCAGGGAUGAUCUCCUCGAGUUGAACAUCCAAUCACUGAUGACGGUGCUUGACGCCAACGAGAUACCUGGCGUCAAGGAGGCGGAGCUGAUAAAGCUGGCUCUUGACUGGCUGGACGAGAAUGGACCCCUCCCACUGCUGAAAUCAAAUCUUCUGCUGAGUCGUCUGCGCUUCGGAUUGGUCGGCGCUUCUGAUCUCGCCAACCUCAACCACAGAGCCAUGGCCACACCUUUAAUCAGAAGUCAGCUGACUCGAGCUUUGGAGUACCACAGGAUGGGUCCAGCUCAGCCAAUCAGACAGAGCAGGCAGUCCACACUAAGAGCAUCGCCCAAUCGUGUGCUGCUUGUGGGUGGAGGGUCCAGUGCCGAUUGGCCAGAGCAGCAGGUGUUGGCGUUUGAUCCAGGAAGCAAGAAGUUUUCGUGUCUGAGUUCCUGUCUCCCGCUGCGACUGAGAAAUCACUGUGUGUGCUCAGUGGGAGGUUUCCUCUUUGUGAUCGGAGGGGAAGAAGUGAAGGAGGGAGACGAGGAUGGAAAAAAGUCUGUCACCACAGCAACGUCUAACCAGGCGUGGCGGUACGAUCCUCGCUUCGACCGCUGGGAGCAGGUGGCGUCCAUGCUGGAGAGGCGGGCGCAGUUCACCUGCUGUGUGGUGGAGGAUGUUAUUUAUGCCAUUGGGGGACAACACACACGACCGGACACCGACACACACACCUCAGUGGCCUCUGUUGAGUUUUACGACAUGACCAUAGGAGCGUGGAGGAGAGGAGCAACGAUGCCUUGCCCUCUUUACGGCCACGCAUCCACUGUGCUUGACAAUAGCAUCUAUGUGUCAGGGGGUCUCCCAGGAAACCAGGGCAACAUCCAUGGCAGUAACCAUGGUGAUAACCAGGAUGGAAACAGGGAGGGCAGCAAAGAGGUCGUGUACUGGGACCUCAAAGGCAGAGUUUGGGAGAAGAGGGCGUCCAUGUCUAUCGCCAGGUUCAGUCACCGCCUGGCGACUGCCCAUGGCUACAUCUAUGCCCUGCUGGGGAUGUACGAACCUUUCUGUGAUAUAGAGCAAUACGAUUCACUGUCAGACCACUGGACACGCCUCAGACCGCUUCUCAUUGGCUCCUUCAAAUAUGGUAUGGCGUGCAUGCCGUCGGGGAAUCUGCUGGUAUUCGGAGGGAGAAGAUGGCGCGACGGACAGGAGGUGAUCAUGAAGAGUGUGUUGGAGUACGACACAAAAAAAGACCGCUGGAGAGAGAUCUGUCAGCUCCCCAGACCUCUCACUGGGACUGAGUGCACACUGCUACCCCUGCCAGACUAAAGUGUACACAGUGUGAGAAAAUGUUUAAGAUACUGUGCAACUUAGCUGCGCACCUAUAGUGGCGCUAUUUCACUUACAAGUAGGUGCAAAGUAAUCUCAAAACGCUGAGAACGGAGCACACGUUAAAAUAACGAUGUGACAAUAUCAUAAAUUGGACUCUUCCGUCUAUCAAAGUUACACGGGGUUGAACACGGGGAACUAAAACUAUUGGGUCUCAGUCAGGAAAGAAACAAACAGAAAGCAAAUGAGUAUCCCCCUCGAUAUAGAAAGCUUUGUGGCCUGUGUUGAGGAAUGAAAGUGGGUUGUCAGAGAUGAAAUGUUUACCACCACCCGCCUCAACAGCUUCACUUUCUACCCGGACGCCUGUACUACCUUUGUCCUUCGCUAUCAAGUUCAUACAAAUAAUUUUUAAACAGAAUAAAGAGUUUUAUGAUGAAAUAACAUUUUCUCAGUUUUACAUUGGCUAUAUCACUCGACAUGGAGAGUGUACCUACAUACGAGUUGAAAGUAGGCAAAAAGUAACCGUUGAAAGUGAGAACUAUGAUGAAAUGUAUUACAUUUUCCAUCAAUAAAUAAAAACUAGACAAUAAAGCGAAAGACGGACGAAUGGACAAGGUUUAAUGCAAAGUGUCAACAACCUGCCUCUGUGGAAUCAUGCACCGCAGCUCCUGACUAGUAAAACACUUUCCUCUGUUGCCCAAAAUAUCUCUCGUUCAGAAAAAAAGGUUUAGCCGCUUGACCUGCUGCACUGCUUUGAUAAGAAAACACCCUGCGAAAGUUAUGUGUCUGUUGGCAACGUUACCUGACGUUACGGUGGAAGAAAAAGAUGAAUGGACAAACUUCAUCUACCGUCCAUUGAGAAUCAGACAAAAGGUCUA